CUUAGCUUGCGGCAUGAUGGCUUUUCCUAUCUGUUAUGGCGGGAAACAAUAUGAUUUAAACGAAUUCCUACGAGACCAUCCCGGGGGGCUUAAUACAUUAGAAAUGUUUAAAGGCAAGUCUGUGACUAAUGUAAUGAAAAAAUACGGGCAUAGUUUGAGUGCGUAUCAUAUGCUAAAUGACUUUAAAGUGAGUGAGGAUAUUAAUUUAACCGGGAGACUCAGUGAGAACGGCAGGAUCAUCACCAAGGAAGAGGAGAGCAGAGAUGUUGAGGAGAUUGCGUUUAUGGAAGAAUUAGAGAGUAGACUGGACUGGUCGAAGCCUCUCCUAUCGCAGCUGCAUAAGAUAGCGCCUCAUUACGACGCGUGGGUCAACAGCGCUGUCUUCAGAAAAUGCCGACUCUUUUCCAGUCCAGUACUGGAAAGUCUCACCUUCACCCCGUGGUACGUCGUGCCAGCGUUCUGGGUUCCCAUUAUCUUGUACCUAGCAACCACACAGCUGUUCGAGCAUGUGUUGUGUGCAGAGAGUUGUAGAAGCAGUCAACUAACGGUGCUGCAGUAUGCUUGGCACUUGGUGCUUGGUGUGAUGAUCUGGACCCUGCUGGAAUACUCUCUGCACCGAUGGGUGUUCCACUAUAACCCUGGCAGCUCACUCAUCGUGAUACAGAUGCACUUCCUCAUACAUGGUAUGCACCACAAGGUGCCAUUUGAUGGUCUACGUCAGGUGUUUCCUCCGAUACCAGCGCUCGUCCUCACCUGCAUCCUGAGUGUGCCAUUGUGGGUGAUCUUCAAGUAUCCGCUCAUCAAAAUAACAGGAGGCUUGAUAGGUUACCUGACCUACGACAUGAUACACUACUACGUUCACCACGGCUCACCAGAAGAUGGUUCCUAUUUAUAUACCAUGAAGCGAUAUCACUCGAACCAUCAUUUCGUUAAUCAUGAUAAAGCGUUCGGGAUCAGUAACAAAAUAUGGGACCACGUGUUUAGAACCAUCGUUAGCGUCAAGAAACUAGGAUUUAGUCUUAGAUGGUAGUGUAACAAGCGCUUCGUUCAAAUGUGAUGUUAGGUAUUAUAUUGUUGUACUGAUGUCAAACACUCAGUGCCCGUAAGACAGUAUAAAAUCACAUUUAAAUCCCUUGAGUGAGGCAUAGUGACGAUCCUCUAUCGAUGAGAGUCUAUAAAGGGAUAAUGAAAAAUACUUAUACGCUGUUUUCUAAUUUACAAUGAUCUAACGGGCGCGUUUUGUUCUUCUCUGACUGAUUUUGGUUACAUAGAUUUAGUUGCAUUUACCUAGCAUUGGAUACGAUUCAGCCACUGACAAUUUGCUUUGAAUUACCAGUAUGUAUAAAAUUCCAAAUAGUAUCACAUGUCUAACACCUUCUAAAUUCAAAAAAGUUAUAAAAAAUCACCUUAUUCACAAAACCUACGAAACUUAAAGAAUAUAUGUAUAUAGAUGAAUAAAGAAGUAUGGACAAUAGAAGGUUCUGGUCCACCUAAUAAUCCUUUAUAUUAUGAUUGUAUAAUCGAAUGUAUGAAUAAUAUAAAAUAUUCUAUUGCAUUAUAUAGAAUAAUUUGUAUUUCUUUAGGCAUGCUUUGUAAGUAUGGAUUUUGUAAUUUUUAGUUAUCAUGCGUAGUUUAUGCUAUAACAUGGUUCGUCAUGCUCUCUAAAUUGCAUUGCUUGAGGCGGCGUCGUGUGCCAUGUCAUCCCCUUCCUUCAAAUAUGUGCGAAGGGGACGAGGGCUGGUCCAUGCGUCAACUUGUGAGCGGGUGCUGCUUGUGGUGCCAGGUCGACCUGUUAUAGUUAAUAAAUCAUUGUAUUUGUUGGAUGCAGUUACUAAUAAUUGUGACAGUAAUCAGUUCUAUACGAUUGAAAUUGCCUUUAAUUGCCUUUGAGUUUCUUAUACGUUCUUCUGACGAGCUCAACUUUAACGAACAUAAUAUUAUGGUAAAUUUAGUCAUUUAAAAGGAAUAUUUGUAGUGACGAUUCAAAAGCGUUAGCCUUAGUAAAUAAAGUUUAUUAGACUUUUUAAGUUGAUGAGCCAAAUAUAUAUUAAUAUAUAAGUAAGAGAUGUAUGUAGAAAUUAGCUAAGAUAAAUCUUGAGCUAGAAUUAAAACCAAUUGGAGCAUUCUAGUAAUUUAUGUAAUCGCGGGCAACGACUGAUUGACAUCGAUACUAUUUGUUAGGGCUGGUGAUAAUAUAAACAAAAUGUUUAUUAUUUAAGUAAAUCAAAGUUAUUUUUCUGUCAAUUAGAUGCUUAGAGUUACACAUUGUGUUGUUAAUGUUAUUAAAUUAUAUUAUAGAAAAAAGUUGUAAAUAAUAGAGGACCAAAAUACGCACCUUGGCUUAUAAUGCGAUAGUAUUUAUUAUAGUUGAUAAAUAUGUUGAGUUUUAUUAAGGCACCGAAAAAUUUACCAAAAUUGAAUUGAUUUUUUAACUCGACCGUUUAUAACAACCGAUUAUAAAAACAUAAUUUUCGUACUCAAGUCGAUGUUAGUGUUAUAUUCGACCAAUAUUAAAACAGCAGUAUCGAAGGUUUUAUACCUUCGGGUAUCUUAAUUGUGGCCUCUGUUUAAAAUUGAAAAGUAAACUGUUUUACUUUUGAUGUGAUUUAUAAAUGGGCUUUCUUUCUAAUGGAAUUCGGCGUUCGAAGUUAUUCGUUACGUUUGAGAGAUUUUAUUGUUAUAUCUUUGUUAUAAAAUUCUUUGCACAGGAACAAAAUUUCAUGUUUUAAUAAGCUUUAAAUAUUUUUGUAAAACUCGAGACAUUAACUGUUUUUAUAAUUUUUAAAUAAUUAGGUAGUUACCUACAGGUAUUUUUAAGUUUAUUUUGUUUUUUAAUUUUAAAAAUCCUAUUUCACUCUCUGCUUUGUUGCUAUCAUAGACUUAUAUACUAGCUUAAAGACGAACUGACAGCCCGAUAAUACAUGACAAAUAUAGUUUUGUGAGUGUGUUCAUUAGCUAUUGGUUUAAUAUUCAAAAUACUAAGGACCUAAUGCCAAGAGUGCCACACAGUUUUUGAUUUGUCAAUCUAUUUUGGUUGCAUUAACAAUUCAUUUACUUUUCUUUUCUAUUUUGCUGUAUCUCCAUUAGAUAUUAUGUUCUUCUCUCUCGCACUGUUUGUUUGUCUAAACGCUAGUUUAUGGUUGCUACACAUAAAAUAUCGAUGUAAUAUGGUGUAACUGAGAAAUAAAUUAUUUUUAUUAAAA